UGUCCAAGUUACCCUUAGGUGGACUAAAAUUAGGCUUUGGAAGCACAAAUUUGUCCCAAAGAUUCCUAGAAUUCAUUUGGUUUGGUUUUCACUGGAUACUUAUAAUGCCAAGUAUUGGGUGUUUUGUCCACACUGAAGACAAAUCCGCGUACGUAAACUGUUCGGCUUUCCAUUCCACCAUCGCAAGACACGUCACCAGACUUCCUACCAUGUGAAGACACCUUUUUUUCUGUUUUUUUUUUAAAUUUUUGAGGGCUCCCAGACGUCCCUACCAUUUGCAUUCAUUUAGACCGGAAGAAUUGCUCUUCUAAAAAGUCAAUGAAUUAAGGAAGUGAACCACGUGAAUCGAGGAAGUGAACCACGUGAGAAUCUCAGAACCGAGCCUCUCUUCUGAGAUCAGUUAAAAGCAACAGAGAUUAGAAGUUUUGCAGCUGCACCUAACAGGCAACAGCUUCUCCCCCUUUACUAGUCGUUGAAAGCAAAGCUCACUUUACCAGGAUGGCUGACCCUGUUAUCUCUCUUGUUAUUGAGAAAACUGGCGAUCUGCUGAUUCAAAAAAUUGUUUUCCUGAGAGGCGUUCGAAGACAAGUUGAGAGGCUCCAAAAUGAUCUGGUCCGGAUGCGGUUUUUCCUGAGAGAUGCUGAUCAAAGGCAAGAUGACGACGCGAGGAUCCGCAACUGGGUUUCUGAAAUCAGAGCUGCGGCCUACGAUGCGGAGGAUAUCAUUGAGAUCUUUGCCAGCAAAGUUGAGUUCUUCACAAAGGACAAGGGACUCGUCACCAAAUUGACGUAUUAUCCCUUGAAAAUUGUGAACCUCUACAAGAUAGGUAAAGAGAUUGAAUCCCUACGGAUGAGGCUCAAGGAGAUUGCUGCUAGCCGCGAAGAGUAUGGUAUCAAAAAUCUUGGAGAGGAGAUGACUACACAUGAAGAAGAGCUUCAACGGAUCCGGCGAUCCUCUCCUCUCAUCGAGGACAAGGAUAUAGUGGGCUUUGGGGAGAUAACAAAAUCCCUGGUGGCAGAACUCUUGAAAGAGGACAUUAACCGCCGUGUGGUUUCAAUUGUCGGCAUGGGAGGUGCUGGUAAGACAACUCUAGCCAAAAAAGUUUAUAACCAUGCUGAUGUCAGGGAAAGAUUCAACUGUCGUGCUUGGGUCUGCGUCUCUUCAAUCUACGAUCACAAAAAGAUGCUGAGAUCAAUCAUAAAGGAAUUAAAUACGAUGGAUAACAAGCUACUUGAAAUGUUGGAAAAUAUGGAAGAGGAAGACUUGGAACGAAGGCUCUAUCAAGAUCUACAAGACAAGUGUUAUCUUGUGGUACUUGAUGAUGUGUGGAAGGAAGAAGCGUGGGAUUGUCUUGCCAGGAGGGCCUUUCCUGACGUUGGCACAUCAAGUAGAGUGCUACUUACAAGUCGCAAUCGGGAUGUUGCCCAACACGCAGAUGCUUAUAGACACCCGUAUGAGUUGAAAACUUUGGGGCCGAAAGACAGCUGGCAGUUGUUCCUCAGAAAGGCCUUAGGGGAUAAUGCUGGGUGUCCUCCCGAUUUGGAAGAAGUAGGCAGAGAGAUUACCAGAAGAUGUGAUGGUCUGCCGCUGGCCAUCACGGUUAUUGGUGGCCUGCUACUGGCAAAGAAAAAGUUGAAGAGUGAAUGGGAGAAAAUUCUCAACAAUUUCAGCACGUACCUAUCAAGGAGCCAGAGUGGGGUAUCAGCAAUUCUGGAAUUAAGUUAUGCAGACCUUCCUGCCAAUCUGAAAUUUUGCUUUCUGUAUUUGGGUUUGUUUCCCGAAGACUCCGUGAUUUCUGUGCGCAAGUUGAUCCAUAUGUGGGUUGCAGAGGGAAUAAUGCAAAAAAGAGAUACAAAAAAUUUGGAGGAAACUGCAGCAUAUGAUGAUGUGGAACGACUUUGUAGCAGAAAUAUGGUCCAAGUGGCGGAAAUGACUGUUGAUGAGAGGAUUAAAAGUUGCAGAGUCCAUGAUUUACUGCGAGAGCUUGCAAUCAGAAAGGCAGAGGAUGAAAAUUUCUUUCAGAUCCAUGACACCAGAGAUGAUGAAAUAUCAGCCAAAUCCAGGUACCUUGCUGUUCAUGUUCUCCCUCUGGAUGAAAAUUAUUUUGGGUCUUCGACCCCUCCUCUCCGGUCUCUACUUUGUUUCAACGUCCACGAUUGCGUGAAAAGCAUUAAUCUUAGCUUCAAAAGUUUCAGAAAGCUUAGGAUACUGGACCUUGAGAAUGUUAGGAUGGGUUAUGAUUUGCCAAAAGAAAUUGGUGAAGUCAGGCUGUUAAGGUACCUCAAUUUAAGAUGCACACUCAUUGGAAGGCUCCCCCCUUCCGUCGGUUGUUUGCGAAACCUACAAACUCUUGACAUACGGACAACGUCUCUAUAUUCCCCAGUGAGAGUUUCAAAUUUCAUUUGGAAGCUUGAAAGUUUACGGCAUCUAUAUGCGUUUGGUAUGAAAUGUGAUGUGCCUCUUAAGAUUGAAGGAUUGAGGAAUCUCCAGACUCUGUCAGGCAUACGCUUUGAUGACAUUAUGCACAAUAACAUGAUAACUUUGACAAGUCUUCAGAAACUGGGGAUUGUAGUGGAUGCCGGGUCAGAGAUAGACAAACUCUGCAUGCAUUUAUCUGAGAUUGGAUGCCUAAAGAGGCUACAUCUUUAUUGUCCUCGAGGAAGCGGGCAGCCACAAUGUCUAGCUGGACUUUCUAAGCUCCAUCGUGUAACAAAGCUUAAGCUAUUCAAUUUGAGAAUGCUGCCUCCUGAUUUCCCUCCAAAUCUCUCUCGCUUGUCUUUGAAAUUCACAAGUCUCACGGAUGACCCAAUGCCAACGCUAGAGAAGUUGGGACAGCUGUCGUUCCUCAAAAUGAAAGAUGCGUAUAAGGGGCCGCAGCUAGUCAUUUCUAGGCAUGGGUUUCACCAAUUGAAAUUCCUUGAGCUCAACUUCCAACAUGGUUUGAAGGAAAUAGAGGUGGAGAAAGGUGCAUUGCCACAGCUCCGGUGCCUGAGAUUCAGGAUGUGCUUCCGAUUAGAAAAGUUGCCGGAAGAGCUGAAGCACAUAUCUACUCUUGAUACGCUUGAGCUUGUCAAAAUGCCGAAAAUUUUCAUCAGAGGGCUUGAUGCGGACAUGGUAUCCCGCGUCCCUAACCUCAGAAUAUUUUGACUUGCCGAAGGAAAGGUGGUAGCAGUUGUAAUUCAUGCGUAAAAAGCAAGCUAUGUCGGGUAGUGAUUAAUAAAAUUAUUUCAAGUUUUUAUCAAAAUAUAUAAAUAAAAUGAACGUUUCCGAUUCAACAUAA